CUGGGACUUGACUGGCCUCGACAUUCAGAAGGGGCCUGCCGAGCGCUUUCCUGUAAGCUUUUGCAUACCUCGCCUUCCAUUUGCAUAGCUGCACUCGCAUAUUCGAUUUUGGUCAUAUCAUGGUUUCCUGCCGCCAUGCCUCGCCAGCCAUCAGAGUCGCAGCACACAGCCAGCAGCCUUCACAGCGCGUCCCUGGACCAGCAGCUAAAGCAUCAACAGGAAGCCCCCCCUCCCCAAGCCCCUCCACCGACCGCCGACGAGGCUUCCAUGGUCCAGCACUACCUCGCAGUACGCGACCGCAUACACGAAGGACCCUUCUACACCAUUCUGAACGAUGGCAUGAAAAACGGCCUCAAGAGAAAGGCCAACGAGCAUGCGCCUACCGAAACCUCGCUAUUCAAUCCCUUCACCGAUAACCAGACAUUCUCCGCAAAAUACUUGAAGGUACGGAGACGACUGCCGACGCUGGACGCCCGCCCAUAUGUCACCGACCUUUUUCCCACAGAGCUGCGCUCAAUCUUAGAUGGCGCCAGAGGCGACGGAAACCCCUCAAGGAAACGCAGAACCCUCGGCGUCACCAAAGUCAAUGCCGUGUCCCAGAUCGAGCGCUUAAUCAAGUCGGAACAGAACCGCACCAUCGAGGCAGAAGCGCGUGCCGACGAGGACCCAGACGAAGACGCUGAUGAGGAAGAAUUAGAGGCCGACGACGAUAAGCCAGACGCUGUAGACGAGGAGGACAACUGGUCUGCCGCAUCUACCGAUUCCGAGGAGUCAGAUGACGACUACAACGCCGAGCAAUACUUCGAUAACGGCGAGGACGACGACAUCGAUGAUGUGGACCCCUAUGAGAACACAUACGAGUAGAUUUGGGCAUUGGGCAGGCGUUUAUGUGGACAUUGCAUUGCAUCAACAACGGCUGGCGUUCGGCUGAGUAGAUACCCAAUUUUUAUUCUUACCAAGUCAAAAGAUACGUAGUAACAAAUCUUCCACGCACUCUAUGUGGAUGAUUCGAAAAAUAGGCCUGGAUGGCUUCAGUGACCUAUCAGCUACCAAACAAUAAGCGUAAAUACGCUCAAGUCCCUGGCUUCACUAUGCCACAGACAUGGAUGCUUACUGAGUGCACCGGAUGAUGUCUGGUACGCCUAGCACCGCAACCAUGGGUAAGCUGUCAAAUUCUCGCCACACGACUCAACGCUGUAGGAGAGUAAUAUUCAAGUCUACACACUACUGCGAAUUUCUUCCUUCCUACAACUCCAAAUCGACUGCCUGCCAAAUUCACCAAGUUCACCGCCAUUUACCGCCAUCGUACCUAUCAAGCAACCAACCAUGUCCUGUUCACACCCUU